GGGUCUUUUUGUCUGGACGAGGCGAGAGCGCGCACAACGCUGGCGUACGCGGUGGCGUUUCGUGGCACGCGGACUUCGUGAAGCGAGGCGAGGAGUGGUGAGGCUGCUUCGGACUCACGGAGCGACAGACCGAGCGGCCCCUGCGGCCGUCGGCUGCCAGGCGGCCCGAGAUGUUGUCUGGAAAGAAGGCAGCUGCCGCGGCGGCGGCGGCGGCAGCGGCGGCCGGAACGGAGGCCGGACCUGGGGCGGCGGGCGGCGCUGAGAACGGCUCCGAGGUGGCCGCGCCACCUGCGGGCCUGUCGGGCCCCUCUGAGGUCGGGCCUGGGGCGGCCGGGGAGCGCACUCCCCGCAAGAAGGAGCCUCCGCGGGCUUCGCCUCCCGGCGGCCUGGCCGAGCCGCCGGGGUCCGCCGGGCCUCAGGCCGGACCCACGGUGGUGCCCGGGUCUGCGACCCCCAUGGAGACGGGAAUAUCAGAGACUCCGGAGGGGCGACGGACCAGCCGGCGCAAGCGAGCCAAGGUGGAGUACCGAGAGAUGGAUGAGAGCUUGGCGAACCUCUCAGAAGAUGAAUAUUAUUCAGAAGAAGAGAGGAAUGCUAAAGCAGAGAAAGAAAAGAAGCUUCCUCCACCACCCCCUCAAGCCCCACCUGAGGAAGAAAAUGAAAGUGAGCCUGAAGAACCAUCUGGGCAAGCAGGAGGACUUCAAGACGACAGUUCUGGAGGGUAUGGAGACGGCCAAGCAUCAGGUGUGGAGGGUGCAGCUUUCCAGAGCAGACUUCCCCACGACCGGAUGACCUCUCAGGAAGCAGCCUGUUUCCCAGACAUCAUCAGUGGGCCUCAGCAGACCCAGAAGGUUUUUCUGUUUAUCAGAAACCGCACAUUACAGUUGUGGUUGGAUAAUCCAAAGAUUCAGCUGACAUUUGAGGCUACUCUCCAACAAUUAGAAGCGCCUUAUAACAGUGAUACUGUGCUUGUCCAUCGAGUUCACAGUUAUUUAGAGCGUCAUGGUCUUAUCAACUUUGGCAUCUAUAAAAGGAUAAAACCCUUACCAACUAAAAAGACAGGAAAGGUAAUUAUUAUAGGCUCUGGAGUCUCAGGCUUGGCAGCAGCCCGACAACUACAAAGUUUUGGAAUGGAUGUCACACUUCUGGAAGCCAGGGAUCGAGUGGGUGGACGAGUUGCUACAUUUCGAAAAGGAAACUAUGUAGCAGAUCUUGGAGCCAUGGUAGUAACAGGUCUUGGAGGGAAUCCCAUGGCUGUGGUCAGCAAACAAGUAAAUAUGGAACUGGCCAAGAUCAAGCAAAAAUGCCCACUGUAUGAAGCCAAUGGACAAGCUGACACUGUCAAGGUUCCUAAAGAGAAAGAUGAAAUGGUAGAGCAAGAAUUUAACCGGUUGCUAGAAGCUACAUCUUACCUUAGUCAUCAACUAGACUUCAAUGUCCUCAAUAAUAAGCCUGUGUCCCUUGGCCAGGCAUUGGAAGUUGUCAUUCAGUUACAAGAAAAGCAUGUUAAAGACGAGCAGAUUGAACAUUGGAAGAAGAUAGUGAAAACUCAGGAAGAACUGAAAGAACUUCUUAAUAAGAUGGUAAAUUUGAAAGAGAAAAUUAAAGAACUCCAUCAGCAGUACAAGGAAGCAUCUGACGUGAAGCCACCCAGAGACAUUACUGCCGAGUUCUUAGUGAAAAGCAAGCACAGGGAUCUGACUGCCCUUUGCAAGGAAUAUGAUGAAUUAGCUGAAACACAAGGAAAACUAGAAGAAAAACUUCAAGAAUUGGAAGCCAAUCCCCCGAGUGAUGUAUAUCUCUCAUCAAGAGACAGACAGAUACUUGAUUGGCAUUUUGCAAAUCUUGAAUUUGCUAAUGCCACACCUCUGUCUACCCUCUCCCUUAAACAUUGGGAUCAGGAUGAUGACUUUGAGUUUACUGGCAGCCAUUUGACAGUGAGGAAUGGUUAUUCCUGUGUGCCGGUGGCGUUAGCAGAAGGCCUGGACAUUAAACUGAAUACAGCAGUGCGACAGGUUCGCUACACAGCCUCAGGAUGUGAAGUGAUCGCUGUGAAUACCCGCUCCACAAGUCAAACCUUUAUUUAUAAGUGUGAUGCAGUGCUCUGUACUCUUCCCCUGGGUGUGUUGAAGCAGCAGCCACCAGCUGUUCAGUUUGUGCCACCUCUUCCUGAGUGGAAGACGUCUGCAGUCCAAAGGAUGGGAUUUGGCAACCUUAACAAGGUGGUGUUAUGUUUUGACCGAGUGUUCUGGGAUCCAAGUGUCAAUUUGUUCGGCCAUGUUGGCAGCACGACUGCCAGCAGAGGGGAGCUCUUCCUCUUCUGGAACCUCUAUAAAGCUCCAAUACUGUUGGCAUUGGUGGCAGGAGAAGCUGCUGGCAUCAUGGAAAACAUAAGUGAUGAUGUGAUUGUUGGCCGGUGCCUCGCCAUUCUCAAGGGGAUUUUUGGUAGCAGUGCAGUGCCCCAGCCCAAGGAAACUGUGGUGUCCCGCUGGCGUGCUGAUCCCUGGGCCCGGGGCUCGUAUUCCUAUGUAGCUGCAGGAUCAUCUGGAAAUGACUAUGAUCUGAUGGCGCAGCCAAUCACUCCUGGCCCCUCAAUUCCAGGUGCCCCGCAGCCAAUCCCACGCCUCUUCUUUGCCGGAGAGCAUACAAUCCGGAACUACCCAGCCACAGUCCAUGGUGCUCUGCUGAGUGGGCUGCGAGAAGCAGGAAGGAUUGCAGACCAGUUCUUGGGGGCCAUGUACACUUUGCCUCGCCAGGCCACACCAGGCGUCCCUGCACAGCAGUCUCCAAGCAUGUGAGAUACAAGCUGAAGGACAACGACUGCAGGUCUUUUGCAAAGGUCUAGCAAUACUACUAGAUGGCACUGAGAAGCUCCUGCCCUGGUACCUGGGCUCACCGUCAGCCAACAGGGAAGAACUUAUUUGAAUCCUGUUCUUAAAGACUGAGGCAAGAAUGUGCUAUAAUAGAACAUCUCAGUCUCUUGGUGUUUUUUUUAAUAUUUUGAGAAUAAAACUUCAUAUAAAAUUAGUCCUAUCUUGUUUCCCCUUUUGGGUUGGAGUUGUAUGUGAGGGAUGUUACUUCUUUAGAAAUGCCAGUUUAACCUUACGUCAGUGGUAGUACAUGUAUUUUCUUUGUUUAAAUGAGAAUGUUCUUAUGAAAGAGAAAAAUGAUUUCGUCAGAUCAGAAGAUGAGGUUGAUGGGUCCUGUAGCUCAGAGGACUUCCUGGCGACGGGCUUAACUUCCCUGCUGGGACUGCAGCAGUGGGCCAAGAGUGUAUCAGAAAACUUAGGAUCUGAGUUUUCAGUUUGAGCCACUGGUGGACCAUUCUGCCUUUAUUCUCAUAUCCCAACCCUUCCCCAUGGGCACAAACAAUAGUAUUGUAAGAUUUGGGAAGUAUUACAUAAGGAAAGGGUCAAGGGCUUAGGUAAUUUAGCUGAUGUCACAAACUACCACAAACUUAGUGACUUAAUACAACAAAUCUGUUCUCUACAGUUCUGGAUAGCCAAAGUCUAAAAAGAUGGCAGUUUGAGGAAAAUUAAAAAGAAAUAAAAAUGUUUAUUGUGGAGGCUGUAGGGGAAGAAUCCAUUUUCUUGCUAUUUUUAGCUUCUAGUGGCCAUCUCUAUUGCUGUGUAGCCCCUUCCCUUGUAGUCAGACCUUAUGCUUAUUGUCUCUUUAGUCAUGCCUGCAAAGUCCUCUUUGCUUUACAAGGUAAACAUUUUUACAAAAAGAAGCAAACAGUAGUGUUCCUUCCUGAGGACUCCUAACAGAAAAACUGUCACUGUACAAAUGCGUCAGAAGCUUUGGAAAUCAGAUUGUAUUCAACGUGAGUCAAUCUUUCUGAUAGUCUAAAAUGAGGCCUUAUUAAGGGACAACAUAUUGGUGAUCUCACUGGAAAAAGAAAACUGAUACAGAGGUGAGGACCACAUGCAGUGGAACAUGCUUGGGCUUUGGGGUACACUCUGGAACCGAGGGGUUAAUUAGGGUGUCUGAUCCAGUGGUGGUGGCUUCUGUUUUUAAAUAAAUGACAUAGGCAGCUUG